CCCGUAUCUUUUGUCAGCUGUCAGUCAAUCGAAGUGACACUGACACGAGAGCAAGUGACGUCUGUACAUGACGUGGAAGUUCAAAACUCAAAACUAUUAGUUAUGAAGUGAGCGAUAAAUUCAGAAAAAAUGAGCACGUACGAAGAAUACAUUCAACAAAAUGAAGACCGAGAUGGAAUCAGGUUUACUUGGAAUGUAUGGCCAUCGAGUAGGAUAGAAGCAACUCGUUUGGUAGUACCAUUAGCGUGUCUUUAUCAACCGAUUAAAGAACGUUUAGAUCUUCCACCCAUACAGUAUGAUCCCGUUCUGUGUACAAGAAAUAACUGCAGAGCGAUUUUAAAUCCUAUGUGCCAAGUUGAUUAUCGAGCAAAAUUGUGGGUUUGCAAUUUUUGUUUUCAACGCAAUCCGUUUCCACCUCAAUAUGCAGCUAUUUCUGAACAGCAUCAACCUGCUGAGUUAAUGCCUAUGUUUUCAACUAUUGAGUAUACUAUUACUAGAGCUCAGUGUUUACCACCGAUAUUCUUGUAUGUUGUUGAUACUUGCAUGGAUGAGGAAGAAUUGGGUUCACUUAAAGAUUCUUUACAAAUGUCACUCAGUUUAUUGCCUCCGAAUGCUUUAAUUGGUUUGAUUACAUUUGGAAAAAUGGUCCAAGUUCAUGAAUUAGGUACUGAGGGUUGCAGUAAAUCAUACGUCUUUAGAGGUACUAAAGAUUUAACAGCUAAGCAAGUUCAAGAGAUGUUGGGUAUUGGUAAAGUUGCUAUGGGGCCUCAACAACAACCAGGUCAACCUAGACCUGGUCAAAUGCAACCUGCACCUAUCGCGCCAGGUAGCAGAUUCCUACAGCCUGUAUCUAAAUGCGAUAUGAAUUUAACUGAUUUAAUAGGAGAGCAGCAAAAAGAUCCCUGGCCUGUUCAUCAGGGAAAGAGAUCUCUUAGAUGUACCGGUGUUGCUUUAUCUAUAGCUAUUGGUUUGUUGGAGAGCACUUAUCCCAAUACAGGAGCUAGAGUUAUGCUUUUUGUUGGAGGACCGUGCUCUCAAGGGCCUGGUCAGGUUUUGAAUGAUGAUUUAAAACAACCUAUUAGAUCUCAUCAUGAUAUUCAAAAAGAUAAUGCAAAGUAUAUGAAAAAAGGUAUAAAGCAUUAUGAUGCUUUGGCUAUGAGAGCAGCAACUAAUGGGCAUUGUGUUGAUAUUUAUUCUUGUGCUUUGGAUCAGACUGGUUUGAUGGAGAUGAAACAGUGCUGCAAUUCUACAGGCGGUCACAUGGUAAUGGGAGAUUCAUUCAAUUCCUCCCUAUUCAAACAGACAUUCCAACGGGUGUUCACCAAAGAUCAAAAGGGCGAAUUAAAAAUGGCUUUCAACGGGACUCUGGAAGUGAAAUGUUCUAGAGAAUUGAAAGUGCAAGGAGGGAUUGGUUCUUGCGUAUCAUUGAAUGUAAAAGGUCCGCUUGUUUCGGAUACCGAAAUCGGUAUGGGAAAUACGGUGCAAUGGAAAAUGUGCACUUUAACUCCAAGUACCACUAUAGCGCUGUUUUUCGAAGUGGUCAAUCAGCAUUCUGCACCGAUUCCUCAAGGAGGAAGAGGAUGCAUACAAUUUAUUACUCAAUAUCAGCAUUCUAAUGGUCAGAGAAGGAUCAGAGUGAGUACCAUAGCUCGUAAUUGGGCGGACGCGACCGCGAAUAUACAUCACAUUAGCGCUGGGUUCGAUCAAGAAGCGGCCGCUGUAAUUAUGGCCAGGAUGGCUGUAUACAGAGCGGAAUCGGACGAUAGUCCUGAUGUUCUUAGAUGGGUGGACAGGAUGUUGAUUAGAUUGUGUCAAAAAUUCGGAGAAUACAACAAGGACGACGCGAAUUCGUUCAGAUUGGGUCAAAACUUUAGCCUCUAUCCCCAAUUCAUGUACCAUCUGAGACGUUCUCAAUUCCUGCAAGUUUUCAAUAAUUCACCGGACGAAACGUCGUAUUAUCGGCACAUGUUAAUGAGAGAAGAUCUGACGCAGUCUUUGAUUAUGAUCCAGCCGAUUUUGUACAGUUACAGCUUCAACGGGCCCCCGGAACCCGUUCUGUUGGAUACGAGUUCGAUUCAAUCGGAGAGGAUAUUAUUGAUGGACACUUUCUUCCAAAUAUUGAUAUUCCACGGAGAGACAAUAGCUCAGUGGCGUAACUUGAAAUACCAAGAUAUGCCGGAAUACGAAAACUUUAGACAACUGUUACAAGCACCCGUGGACGAUGCUCAGGAAAUAUUGCAGACGAGAUUUCCCAUGCCGAGAUACAUCGAUACCGAACAGGGCGGUUCUCAAGCUAGAUUUUUACUAUCCAAAGUCAAUCCGAGUCAAACUCAUAACAAUAUGUACGCAUAUGGAGGCGACGCUGGUGCGCCCGUUUUGACCGACGAUGUAUCCCUUCAAGUGUUCAUGGAUCAUCUAAAAAAAUUGGCGGUUUCAUCUACAGCUUAGUGUAUAUUUCGAAACUUAUUCUAAAUGUAUUAUUUAAGCUAAAAAAAUAUUUUUUUAUAUAUUUAUUCCUUCAGAUAUCGGUUCUUGUGAUAGAUUAAAUUUGCGUUGAAAUUUUCAUAAAAGCGGAGGUGCUUUACAUUUUUUUUAAACGUGAAAUAAAAUAAAUGGCGUCUAAACUUUGAAAUUUCAUUAAUUAAAUGUAACUAGAGAGUAGAGAGACACUAUAAUAAUAAUAAAAUGGAAAUUUAA